CCAAAGGCAUGGGGGGUGCUCUUGUUACCCGGCGCUGUGUGUGUGUGUGUGUGUGUGUGUGUGUGUGUGUGUGUGUGUGUGUGUGUGCAUUGUUUCUACUUACCUGUCUUUUUAUGUGUCACAGAAAGAGGCGAAGUGCAGAGCUCAGAAUAAAGCGCAGAGGCAGAGAAAGGCGGGAUUAUACACAUGGCAGGUUAGAGAAAGGCAGUGAGGGAGAAGGAGAGGAUGGGAGGAAAAAGCGACAGGGAGAGGCUUAAGAUUACAGAGGCGAGCACCCUUUGUUGCCGAGUUCAGUUGUGAUGGACGGCUUAUGUUUAGGGAAAGACUGAAGGAGUCCUUCAAUGCACGACCAUAAAAUCUGCAGGACUGCUGAGGAUGUUCUUCUUCACUGAUCAAACUUUUGCCUGAUAAGCGAGGAACCUGGACUUCAAGGAAGGUGAGGCAGAAGUCAGAGUAUUCGAUGUGAUCCAAAGACAGUAGGCAAAGGAGGGCAAAAACAAAACCCCAAGAAGUAUAGUCUGGGGAGGGGGGAGGGGGGCAAGUGAUUGAGCCUUCAGGGUAAAUAACAAGUCAAGUAAGUGCAAGAGUGAGGCUGGACGAGAGAGCCCUGUACAACAGGAGAAAGAGAGAGAAACAGGGAGAGGGUCGGCUGCAGAAGUGGAGAUAAGCAGUCGAGAACAAAAUUAGUCUACAGUGGUAGAGAGCUUGACGCGGGACUGAAGAGAGAUCAAGGUUGACUCAAGUCUUUGCUGCCUCUAACCUGAUUAAGGAGAAGAGAGGCAGCGGCGGAGGCGAGCUGCGAGACCCGAUCCACAGAACGUUUGAGCCGGCGAGAGAAGGAGAGGAGAGAGAAAGAAUUACAAGAGGACGCUUGUUGAAAGAAGCCUCUUAAGUCUGGGAGCUGGAAUUAGAGCCACAGAAACUGCAGAGGGGAAGCCACAAAACCACAGUGAAGAUGCCUGCUAAUGGGAACCGUCCCCUGAAGUUGCAGUUUGGUCUAAUCAACCAUGAGGGUCGCUACCUCACUGCUGAGACCUUUGGCUUCAAGGUGAAUGCAUCAGCUCCCAGCCUUAAGAAGAAGCAGAUAUGGACCCUAGAGCAGGACUCCCAGGACACCCAGGUAGUCUACUUGCGCAGCCACCUGGGACGCUACUUGGCCUCUGACAAGGACGGCAAAGUCACCUGUGAGGCCGACGGGCACAAUUCAGACUGUCGUUUCCUCAUCGUGGCUCAGUCUGAUGGUCGCUGGGCCCUGCAGUCUGAGCAGCACCUCCGCUUCUUCGGCGGCUCUCGGGACUACCUGUCCUGCUUUGCCCAGAUACUCACAGAUGCCGAGCUGUGGGCAGUGCACCUGGCUCUACAUCCGCAGGCCAACCUGCUGUCUGUGGCCCGCAAGCGUUACGCCCACCUCUCCAAGGAGGAUGGGGAGAUCGCUGUGGAUUUGAACAUUCCCUGGGGUGUGGCGGCACUCCUCACCCUUGUCUACCUGGACGGGAAGUACUGCCUAAAGACCUGCGACAGCCGCUUUCUCAGUAAUGAUGGGAAGCUCUUGACACAGAGUGGGAGGGCUACGGCAUACACGCUCGAGCUGAAGUGUGGGAAGCUGGCCUUUAAAGACUGCGAGGGGAAGUAUUUGUCUCCCAUGGGGCCUACGGGCACCCUGAGGUCUGGACGCUGCUCCAAGCCGGGCAAAGACGAACUGUUUGACCUGGAGGAGAGCCACCCACAGGUGGUUCUGAUGGCAGCCAAUGGGCGAUAUGUCUCCAUAAGACAAGGAGUCAGCCUCGCAGCCAAUCAGGAAGAUGAGACAGACAUGGAGACGUUUCAGAUGGAGAUCGACAAGGAAACCAGGAAGUGCACGUUUCGCACCAGCCAAGGGAACUACUGGGCCCUGGUGGCUCACGGAGGCAUCCAGAGUACCGCCACUGAACUGUCAGCAAACACCAUGUUUGCCGUGGAGUGGCUUGGCCACAAGGUGGCACUAAAAGCUAACAAUGGAAAAUACAUCUGCAUCAAGAAGAACGGACAGCUACUUGCUGUGAGUGACUCCAUAGGUGAGGAUGAGCAGCUCACUCUGAAACUGAUCAACCGACCUAUGCUGAUCCUGAGAGGGGAGAACGGCUUCAUCUGCCACCACAAGAACUCCAACACGCUGGAUGCCAGCAGAUCGGUCUAUGACAUUUUCACCCUGCAAUUCAGUAACGGGGUCUAUCAUAUUAAAGGUGUGGAUGGCCAGUUCUGGUAUGUGAACAGUGCCGGGCUGGUGUGCUCAGACGGUGAGACCCCUGAGGAUUUCACCCUGGAGCUGCUCGAGCACGGACGCCUCGCCAUCCGUGGCAAGAAUGGCAAAUACCUGCGUGGAGACCAGGGGGGAACGCUGAAGGGAGACGGACUCAGCCUGAGCAGCUCAGCGCUGUGGGAGUAUUAAAACACUCCAAUACAGGUUCCAACCUGAACCACUGAACUUAUCUCAAGUUAAACUUUGUGGCAUUUCCUUCCAUGUUUUUCCUCCUUCUGGUUGCAAAGAGGCUGCAGCAAAGGACUUGAGGCAAAAGAAGAGGAAGGACUGACAGUCAGCCAAGAGAAGUCUUCAUGAAGUUAGCAAUGUUUUGAGAGAGCGCUUGAUCUGAAAUUGUGACUGAAAAGUUUUUGUGUUGUUCCUAUAGAUUUUGUCCAGGAAGCAUUAAAUGAAUGUCAGAAACUAAAGAAAUAAAGACACGUAGAUUCUCCGGUAAAGAGAUGUAAAACCAAGCAACAGCAUAAAAUACAACUAUCCUUUCAGUCCUAUCCUUGUUUCUUUCUCCCCAGCCUUUCUAUCGCUCCUCACAGAUAUUACAUGAGUGAAAACCUGGCAACAAAGUUGUGAUACAGGUGUCACUCAUCCAGUCUGGGGGCUCAGGGUGCCACUUGAGACGGACACUGAGGUCGCCUUUGAGAGGAGCUCAAGUCGUUAGCAUAGUGUGGCUAACUGAGGAUGCUGAUGAGAAUUACUGUAACCAAGACUCAUGUACAUGUUGGCAGUAGUCUACUAAUAGGACCAUUUCAACCUGUCACUACAAGCAGGUGGAUUUAUUUCAUUUGUACCUUUGUUAUGUUAUAGUGAACAUUUCCUGUGUCUUUCUUGAACAUAGAGAAAAAUAAUAAACUUGUAUGGUAGGUUAUGUUUUGUUUCAGUAAUGCCACUUAAAACUAAAGGUCUUUAUAAGUAAAAGCCUUUAUAAUUUAGUUAAGUACAACAGUAUUAGCUACAAAAUAUAUCAGCUAGCAGAAUGACCUUGUCAAAGUCUGCAAUCAUAUUGGAUUGGGUAUUAUUAUUACCAUGUAGGCAGCAUGUGAAUGAUCGAAUUGAAGCUAAAUACAGUUGUCAAAUAGAUGUGGAAAAAAGUGCAACAUUUCCUUAGUAAUGUAGAGAAGCAGAAGGUAGAAUAAAAUUAAAGUAAUCAGAA